CUUGUGGGCCAGAAUUCAGGAAAUCCUGGAAGAAAUCAUCCUUUUUCCAAAUGGAGGAAAAACAGAAUGUAAGGUGUGGGGUUUGGGUUUUUCAGUUUGCACAGAGAUGGUGUGUCCUUCCACAUAGAUUAUUUUCUUCCAAGUAAUAAAGUAAUAAAAUUGUGGGGAACAUUUGGUGCUAAGAAAGAGUGGUUUGGUGGGAGAAUACUGAAGAAUUUUCUCAUUUGUCACUUGGUUUCUUUCCUAAUAAGAAUAUCAGGAUUUGGCUAUUAGCUAUAUGUACACAUACAUUUAUUUGUCAGGGGUUUCACUCUAUUUAGAUCCAGAGAAUAAUACGAUUAUGUAUUAUUUUAAGUUUCUGUCAACCGUGAAAAUGGCCCUUUUCUUCAAACAUGAGUAAGCCAAAAUGAGUAACAAAGUCAUUAUAGAAGUAAUAAAUUCUCCCUCCAUUCCAGUUACAAACUGCAUCAGCCAUUAAGUUUGCUGCACACGCAGUGAGAAGCAUACCCGGUUCAGAGAAAGAUAGACACAGACUCUGAGGGAAGCACAGGUUUUCUGCCUCACCCUGGGGCAGUUUUGUCUGUCAGAAAAGUGGCUGCAGCACAGAGAGGUAAAGUGACGUGCAGAAUUUCUUCAACGUGUCUCAAGGCAGGGAGCAGUGUCCCAGAGCAUGGGUCAGUCACCUUGGCCUCUCUGAAGGAGCAGACAAGUGCUUCUGUGCCAAUCCAGUUCCCAUUUAAUGAAACCAUCACCAGCUGCCUUUUUUUUGCCCUUAGGUCAUGCCUCUGACCUCUCUUUCUCUUGCUCAUGAAGGAGACAGGGAGGUUUAGAGGGCAGCUCCACCUGGCAAAUGUCACAUGUGCUCUGCUAGUGUGGCACCUUAGGGGACUGUCUACCUAAGCUUCAGGCAGUGAGUUACUGGUCUGAUUCACUCCCCCUCAAUCUGGUGCAUCUGUCCUGGCAGUCAGGUGUCUCCCAUGUCCAUCAGUCGGGUGUGUGCUGCAGACUGAGAGCAGAGGAGGUGAACGCUGCCACUGCCUGCGCUGUCUCAGCUCUCUCUUGUGCCCAGCUCACCACCCUCAGGCGUGCAGCUGCAUGAUCAGCACUUGCUGAUCAACUCCUGGCUUUCAAGGUUAAAAGAGAAAGAUGAAGAAGAAAAAACUGGUGUGCUGCUUUAAAGGAACAUCACGCGUCUGGCAAAAUUUUGAGAAGGCUCAAGGCGUUAAAGAAAGCUCAUCUAAAUAAAGGAGGGUUAACGUGACAUUGCAGUUACUUAAUCCUGUAUUGUCCUGCCAUGUGACUGCAGGGAUACUGAGGCGCAGCAUUUCUUUUGCCUGGUGCACAGACUAUGCUUUUCCUGUCAUCUUCCAGAAUCAGUUGCUUUGUUGAACACACCAUGGGAAAGAAACAGAGGGGCAGUGUACUUUUUACAGCAAGGCUUCCACACACAGUGGUAUUUCCAAGGCACAGUGACAAGCUCACAGGCUGAAGAAUGAAUUUAAGGCAAUCCCUACAGUCAGCUUUUGGACUUUUACCAGAAUCAAGGAGAACUACGUUCUUAAGGUGGCAUCAUGAGGACAGCAAAGAAGAUGAUGGGCACCAGGAGUGCCAUGAAGGAGAAGAAGGAAAACAGCAUAGGCUGACCCCAUUUGAGAAGCUAAUGCAGGAUAUGUCUCAUAAUGAAAAAGUGGUGAAAGAAUUAACCCUGGGAAAGAGAAUUGCCUUCUAUCGAGUCAGAGGAGAAAUAGGAAGUGGGAAUUUCUCACAAGUGAAGCUUGGAAUUCAUUCCCUAACCAAAGAGAAAGUUGCAAUUAAGAUUUUGGACAAGACAAAGCUAGACCGGAAGACUCAACGUUUGCUGUCUCGUGAGAUAUCCAGCAUGGAAAAGCUGCACCACCCAAAUAUCAUCAGGCUGUAUGAAGUGGUGGAGACACUCUCAAAACUGCAUCUGGUGAUGGAAUAUGCAGGAGGUGGGGAGCUCUUCACUAAAAUCAGUACAGAAGGAAAGCUGCUAGAAACAGAGUGUAAAAUAAUCUUCUCCCAGAUUGUGUCUGCUGUGAAGCACAUGCAUGACAAUAAUAUCAUCCACCGAGACCUGAAAGCAGAAAACGUCUUCUAUGCCAGCAACACCUGUGUUAAGGUGGGAGACUUUGGAUUCAGCACAAUAAGUAAAAGAGAUGAAACUUUAAAAACUUUCUGUGGCUCUCCUCCUUACGCUGCUCCUGAGCUCUUCCGAGAUGAAAACUAUAUCGGCAUCUAUGUAGACAUCUGGGCACUGGGAAUCCUCCUGUACUUCAUGAUGACAGGCAGCAUGCCAUUCCGGGCAGAUACUGUAGGCAAACUGAAAAAGUGCAUUCUUGAAGGGACAUAUACUUUGCCUCCCUGCCUCUCAGAAAAUUGCCAGAAACUGAUAAAAGGAGUCCUUCAGCCAGUACCAACCAAGCGAUACUCUGUCAAACUGAUUAUGAACAGUGAAUGGAUGCAAGGAAUACAGUUCCCCAAACCUUUACAGACAUUUAAAUUGGAUCCAAAGUAUUUAUCAGAAAUCAGUACACUCAGAGAAGAAGAAAUUGAAGUGAAAAAUAUUCUGGAAGAUCUGGGAAUCACAGAAGAGCACAUUCAAAACAACCAGGGAAGAGAUGCACGCAGCUCCAUAACAGGAGUCUACAGAAUUGUGUUGCACAGAGUACAGAAGAAAAGGGCACUUGAAUCUGUUCCUAUCAUGUCCCAGCCAGAUCCAAAAGAAGAUGACUCAAGGAACGGAAUCACUUCUUACAGUGGCAUUAAGCACACAUCCAAGCUGUGUUCUAUUUUAUAAAAUUGCACUGCAGGCUUUAUGCUCAGCACAUUUGACAAAGGGGAUUACUCACUUAUCCUUAAGCUGUAGCAUUACAUUUUUUUUUGUAAUUUUUGAAUAAACCAAAAAGGCCUCAUUUUCUUUGCAUUUCUCAAUUGACAGUGAAGCACUCAAAAACAGAGCUCUCAUGCAUGUUUGACCCUAUCUCCAGACACUUGGUAUAGCCAGUGCAAGAACCCAGUAACUGAAAAGAUCAUGAGUGGAGGGAUCUUUCAAUAAACACCAUGCUACUGCACUUAAUUUGGGAGAUUCUCUGCACAGGCAUGUAACAGCUAACUUCUGGAAAGCUGUACCUCAGCUCAACACAACUAAGCUCAGCACUGCAAACUGGGACAGUUUUUGCAGAGAACUAAAUUUAAGCAGACACCGACCAUAAUCUAAACCAUUGCAAAUUCUGCUUUUGAACUUCAUCAAAUUUAACAAGUUAAUUUUGAAAAAGCUUCUUUCAAGAAGCAUCAAAGCUGUUGUUGCCUGCAGUUCCCAACUUGUCAUGAUUCCAGAAGAACAGUCAGGAUUCAGUAUUUUAACCCUGCAUGUGUGGGCGCCUGACUGGUUGGGCUACCAUCAAUUACCCUUCUGACGCCUUCCACUGCUUGCAUGAUGCUGCCAGUCUGGAACUGCCUGGACUCCAGCUGCACUCCAAUAGAUAGAUUUAAGCAGACUCCAAAACCUAUGUAGUUUUAAGUUCUUGCCUUAGCCCUUGUUACCAGUAGCUGAAUGCAAGCAGCAGCAAAAUCUGCUUAUAUUCACUGAGCAUUACAGGCUUGUCCUCACUCCUGCCAUCUGCUUUGGCAACCAAAGCUAGCACAAAGCUGAUCUUGACACUUGAAAGUUAAAAGCUGACAACUCCAGUUGUUCUGAGCAUCACCAAAAUGCAGAUGCUCUGAUUUUCAGCUUUAAUUGCUUAUUCUGUGCUUAGAUCUUCAACAGCAUCAACUCCAAUGCAAAGGACAAGUGUGGCAGCUGUUCUCUGAGCAGGGACAGCUGAUGUGCCUAAGCUAAGAGGUAGAACCUAUGAGUUUAGUUAAGGUAAGAUACCCAACACAAGCUGUACACAGGCACAGCUGGUGCUUUCACAUUUAAAGGCAGGGUGCCUUAUGUGUUAUGAUAUUGAUGAGUCUAUCAUUUCACUUCAGAGGGAAUAAUUCAUAUAAAUGAGGAACGGAAUAACUAUGAAAAGGCACGUAUAGGAAACUGGACUCAGGGGGUUCAGGUGUGUACAAAGCAAGAACCGUGCCUCCUUCACAGGUUUUCUGAGGGUAAUAAAACAAUACCAAUUUUUUAAAACAGUAAUUAAAAUUAAUUCAAUUUCAUAAAGUGGGUAUUAAUUUCUCUACUAUAAACACUUUCCUUAUAAAAGCAUUUUAAGUUAUCUUGAAACAUGGCCCUGAUAAAAUUGUUUUACACCAGCCUAAGCAACUCUUUUUCCCCCUUUUGUAAUGGAACCAACACUAAGAAGAAAGAUGCAGAAUGUCCACACAGCUUGUGAACCCACAACUUUGAGUUUUUACCAGAGCCAGCUUCUGCUUUCCUGUUAAAGAAAAAGAAAUCCAUUCUAAAAAAUGAACAAGUCAGCAUUACUCCAACAGGUUUCAAAUAUCUCAAACUUUAUUUUAAUAAAGGAUCAGCCUCACAGACCCAUGAGGCCUGUGCCAGUAGCUCACUUCUUGGCUUGUCCACUGCCAGCAAUGGACUUUGUUCCAUGACAGUUUGUUUUACAGGUGCCAAGGCUAAGUUUCAUGAGGGCAGCCUAAACCAAAAUACUUGCAAACACUAUCAUCAUGCAUUGCUCCAUCAUUUUCAGCAGAACAAACAGAUUAGUAAUCAUCAAUUUAUAAUAAACAACUAUUUAUCAAGGCUUGACUGUACAAAUACAGCAAGUUAUCAAAUCCUGGUGAGUGACAGGUAAUACAGACACUUCAUUACACACACGCAAAAAAAUGUAAUUAACAGAAAUAAUUUUUUGCUACUUUAUAUUAGAUGAUGUAGCUUUGUAGAAUUAGCAAAGAAAUAAAUUCAAUGAAACUUCAUUCUGUACAUUAGCUCAACUUAAAUAUAUAUAUAUAUAUGUAUGUAUGUAUAUAUAUAUAUAUUACAAGCUUAAAAGGCUCAUAUCAUAGUUCACUUCCAAUCUGGGCUUUAAAAAUCUACCAGAAUGGACUCCCCAUAACCACUGUAUAUGUAUCUACUGCUUGCAAAAUGGAUAACUUUAGCUUGCACAUUGGGGAAGGGGGACAGAAAUUAAAGACUCCACUCCUACAGUAUUAACAAUAGUGAGAACGACUGCAAAGUACAAAGCCAAAUUCAAAGCGAGAAAGAGUCUUUUGGAAAUGUAUUAUAUAAAGACAGCUAAUAGGCUGGAGUUCCAGACAAAGCGAUGAACAUCAGUCUCUUCCUUCGCUGGCCAAUUAAAACAGCUCCACAAUAGCUCUAAAUUGUAUUUGAAAAGUCUGCUGCCUUGGAUAUUCUACUAAGCAAUCUAUUAUGGUGCCAAAUCAAUGAUCCCCUUUCUUUAGAAUAAAAAAUUUACUACCUCCCUUCUUCUAAAUCUUUUCUCCCAGUCUCCUGUGACUUAGAAUGCAGGUAUAAAAUGUGUAAGAUGUUAGGAGGGAUUACACAGUAACUAAGAAACUGGAUCACAGAGUUUCUUCUAAGAAAACCACUUGUCAGCCUAGCUGUUCUUGAUCCGGUCAUUUUGACAGGGAAGAGAGAUUCUAUUCCAGAAAUGGAUGUUCUUGGCUCUAUGCCUAUCCCAAAGCAAUGGCGUGAUGGGAGGCAGACUGGGAGAUGAAAAGGAAGGUGAUAAAGUGAAAGAGAAUUGCAGUAUUCAGAAGGUUGACUGCUUAUUGUCAAGGCACUGAGAACCCUAACAUUAAAAGCUUGGACUAUCUUGCACACACUUGAGUACUAGUAGAAGUUAACAGUGUAGGUUUCAAGUCAUUUUACAUGGAAGAGCAGGCAGAAGAUUCCUUUUUUUUUCCUUUCUGUGUAUGAAGACUUUGUAAUAAACUACAGCUACUUCUCAGCAAUUAAAAAAGUUCAGACAUGUUAAGGAAUCCCCACAG